AUGCCUGCAAUUGGUUGCGCUGAUGACUCAGUAGACGUGGCCAGCCAGCGAAGCGGUCCACGCACUGCUGCGAAAUCGAAAGCAGGUCCAAGCCAGAGAGUAGAAGACAGUGCCAUGAGAAUUGUCAAGGAAGAGGACAAAGAAGCUGACGACAUUCCUCUAGAAGAUGCUACUUUUGAGAGGCUGAAGCAAAGACGUCACAUGAGGGGAGCCAACACGUCAGAUGUAGAUUUCGCGCACCUGUUCAACUCCUUGGCAAAAAUGAACGACUGCUUCCAGCAAGAACCUGCAGAGGAGAUCGAUACGUCAGACACCAUCUUGCACAAGGAGAAUCAAUUCUUGGCUGCGUGCGUGAAUGCUUGCUUAACUUUUGAAGGGCAGCAGCGCAAAGAAAAGAAUAGAGAAGAACAUGCAGAUGAAGAGCAAGAGGGUCAGGGGCAACAAGGUCCACAAGGACCAUGGAAUGCAGCCACUGCGAAAACCAUCAUGGCAGUGAAAAAGCAGUUGUCAUAUGAGCUGUGCCAAGAUAAGCUCCUACAUUUUACGUCGGAAUGGUGUGACACACCCAAGGAAGUGGAAGCUUCGUGUUGCUACGAAGACUGCGCGGUGAAAUACGAUGAUGAGCUCCUACCCGCUCGACAAAUUCAGCGUGAGCAGCUUGUGAACUGCUAUUUGAGAAUCCCUCAUUCCAUCAAGCAAACAGUGCCUGCCGACAUUGUGGAAAGGUUCUCGCAGAAAAAGCCUGAAGUCAAGACAGAAAAUUCUGAAGAUCACAUUCUCAUCCGCAAGGUGAACUACCAAUACCCUGGCCCUUGCACUAUCCGAACUCGCAAACAAGUGGUAGGAAACUUCCUCUUACAUUCCGAAAAUGGUGGCAGCCCACAUUGCGUUGCUGUGAAGCAGGACGAAGAAGACAAGCUGAUUGUUUUUGACACAGAUGGUGUCUUCCACUUAGCAGUAGCUGACUUCGAGACAGCGUUGUUAGGUGGUGUGGAUGCUGCCACGUGUGUUAUUUUCAAACUUCAGGACGGCAAAAAGGAUACAGAUGUGGGUAUGUCCGAUUUUGAUAACCUCCUGGACUUAGCAGCAGGGAGUUCUGAAUCAAAUGAAGAAUGCACUACAGACGAUGCUCAGGACACAGCAUUAUUGCCAGAGGUGUCCGAAAAGAAGGGAAGCUUUGAUUGGCUAGAUGACACUGGACGUGUGAUCACCGACCAGGCGGCCGUGCCAGCCACCUUGGCUGGGUACGGAGGAGCGCCAUCACUGGCUGUUCCGGAGGCCGGGCGCUAA